AUGAAACUCUCGGCCAUGAUUUUUACAGUUUUUGCACUGGCCUCAACUGGUAUUGCAGCGAAGACAUGCACCCCUAGCUUUGAUUAUUGCUCCGACGUCCUGCUCCAAGAUAAAGGUAACCUAUAUCCCGUCAAGCGUCGCUGCGCCAGGCUAAUCAAAGAAAUCAUAGGGUUCACUGAGGCCGAUCUGAAGGAUGCUUUGAAGGGAUCAGAUCUAGAGAACGAGGAUCUCGAGAACAUUUUGUUCCAUUGCAAGAACCCCGGUGAUAUUGGACACCCCAAGCUCUGCACAAGCGGGUGUGAAAACCCAGCCACAGAGGGUAGCCACUCGUGCUCAGCGUAA